CUGGGAAUGAUGAAACAACAGUUUUAGACCUAUUCAUAAAUAUUGAGUGUUUUAUAUUUCAACAUUUAAAUUAAACAGUUUUUUGGUUAGAUAAACACCAUAAUUUCGAACAUGACAGAUAAAAUUAUUCUUCGCAUACAAACUCCAAAUGGAACUCGACGUUUGGAAGUUCAAUUGAAAUCUUCAUUAAGAAGAUUAUUUGAAGAUGUACAUGCAUGUUUGGAAUUAGACACAUACAAUUUUCGACUUUUUAAAGAUCGUCUUAAAAGGGAAGAGUUGAUUUCUUCUAGUAAAUGUAUUGAGAGCGCAAACUUACGACAUGGUGAUAUGUUAUAUCUUUCUGAAGAAUCUGGUGCAAUGUCAGACUCUUCUUCAAAGAAAAAAUUUGAUCAAAUUAGACAAAACAAUAAAACACCAUCAAUGCAUAAAGAAGAUGAGGUAGAUUUACAAUUAUAUAAACUUGAUGGGAAAAUUCAGCGUAAACGUGACGAUAAGAUGUGUAGACAUACAUCAAAGGGUUGUUGUGUCCAUUGUUCAGCUCUAGAGCCAUGGGACGAAACAUACUUAAAAGAUCAAAAAAUAAAACAUUUAUCAUUUCACUCAUACAUUAGAAAACUUACUUCCGGUGUUGAUCGUGGCAAGUUUGUCGCUCUUGAGGAUCUUAACUGUAAGAUAAAACCCGGAUGUCGAGAUCAUCUUCCAUGGCCUAAGGGAAUUUGUUCAAAAUGUCAGCCUUCAGCAAUAACUUUAAAUCGCCAGAGCUAUAGACAUGUUGAUAACAUAAUGUUUGAAAAUAUUUUGAUCGUAGAGAGAUUUUUAAAUUAUUGGCGCUGCUCAGGUCAUCAACGUAUGGGACUACUUUAUGGAAAUUACGAGAUUCAUCCUGAAGUUCCAUUAGGAAUUCGAGCACGUGUCAUGGCUAUAUAUGAACCACCACAAGAAAGCAGUCGUGACUACAUUAAAAUUCUUGAAGACCCAAAUCAAUCAGAUGUUGAUGAGGUUUCUAAUGCAUUAGGAAUACGCUGUGUUGGAUGGAUUUUUACCGAUCUCCUGACAGAUGAUGCCGCCUUAGGCACAGUUAAGCAAACACGAGGCAUAGAUACAUACUUUUUGUCAGCUCAAGAAUGUAUUCUUGCUGGUAAUUUACAAAAUAGUCAUCCAAACGCUAGCAAACAUUCAUCAACCGGAUUUUUUGGUUCAAAAUUCUCCACCGUAUGUGUUACUGGUGAUUCAAAAAAACAAGUUCAUAUGGAAGGAUAUGCUGUUUCUGCACAAUGCAUGGCUCUUGUACGAGAUAAUUGUUUACUACCCACAAAAGACGCACCUGAAUUAGGUUACAUUCGAGAGUCCUCUGAUAAACAAUAUGUCCCUGAUGUUUAUUACAAGGAAAAAGACGUUUAUGGAAAUGAGGUUCAACGUUUAGGUAGACCCCUUCCAGUGGAAUAUUUACUAGUUGAUAUACCAGCAUCAACGCCGGUUCACCAAUUACAUACAUUUACGGCUCGAGAAGAUAAAGGUCAUUUCCCAAUUGAAAACCGUUUUUUAGAUGGUCAUAUUCAAGAUUUUACCGCACUUAGCAAUUAUUUAUCAAAGUGGAAUAGCAAUGAAUUUAUAGAAGCUGUUUCAGACUUUCAUCUGUUAAUUUAUCUCUACCGCAUGGAUAUGCUUCCCCUGAGAUCAGAAAUGUCUUUACUAUUUGAAGCAAUAAAAACAAAAGACACAAAUCUUGCACUCAAGUUUAAAACUAAAGAAGUUUGGUGCACUUUAGAACAACUAAUUUCAGCAUCAGUACAACAUGAUGUCUCUGCACAAUCAUUAAGUAGCACUCUAGUCGCGGAUACUGAUGAUUGGGUUUGUAAUCAUUGUACGUUCCUUAACACCAGGUCUGGUUCGCAAACAUGUGACAUUUGUAACUUGCCAAGAAAUUGAAGCUCUUUAAGUAAAUAGAUAGCUGAGAGCCUAAAUUAUGUAAUGUACUACAAACUUAUGAAUUUUUGAUUUUGAUGUUGUGAAAAUAAAUUAAUACAUACAUAGAAACUCUUCAA